AGGCAAAGCGUUCCAUGAAAACGGAAUAAUGUACAUUUGUAGAUGCUUCUUCGGGAGAUAAAUGCUUUUUUUGAGAAUGCCGACCAGUCGUCAACGCGCAGAACGCAGAUGGUUGGAGCGCUGUCGCCAGCCGCGCGGCACGAAAUUCUCAUCACUUCUGGUUUGCAAUUUGGCGAAAUUCGGGUUUUCAUCGACCCAAAAGGCAUCGCAAUCACCGUCACCGCAGAAUGCUCUGUUCCACUCAUUGGCUGGUGGAAUUAUGAAGGAGAUGUGACCAUCACCAGCAGCGGCGCCUCAAUAACUGCAUGUGAAUUGAUUUCCGUUGUGAAGCGCAGUUGGUCACACAGCAGAAUUUGUCGGGUCGAGCUGAAACAUCAAGACGAAGUUGAGGUGAAAGUGCAAGAAAAGAUUCUGCAUUCUUUGAGCAUUCUUCGUCACGAUUUGGUGGACCUCCGUCUAGAAAACUUUUAUUUGAGCGCCAACGACGCACUUCCGGCCUUCAAUCAACUUCGUAGUAUUUUCCUCACCGGAUUUAGCGGUCCUGUCCAGUCGUGGAGUGAAGCGCUCAACAGUUCAGCGGAGCGAGUCGAGAUAUGUGACACCACCGCUUUUACCACUGAGUCUUUUUCGUACUUAGAGGACAACACGUUGUACCGCCUGAUUCUGGAUAACACAAACGUUGCGGUUUCAAAUUUGGAUCAGCUCAAAUGCGCUCGAGCGCUGGAGACAUUGAGCCUGAUAGACUGCCGAAAAAUCAACAGUUUUGAUGCCGCUUCUUUCCCAGAGCUACGAGUUCUCUUGCUAGGCCGCACACCAAUUUCCAGCGACACCAUGACAGGGAUUGAGACUUGCAGGCAUCUUAAGCUCAUCAAUCUUGGGGGUUGCCGGGAAAUAACCGACAUCAACGUCUUGGGGAAGCUCAAGGAAAUACGUGAGAUUUUUGUGCACGAAACAAAUGUCACAAAUGACGGUAUAGUAGGGUUAACUGGGUGCGAAAACCUCGAGAAAUUGAACUUGGGUGGCUGCAGGCACAUCUCAGAUGUUAAUCAUCUGGGUUGCCUCACUGCCCUCAAGGAGUUGCAUCUCUGGAGCACUAAGGUGUCGAACCAAGGCAUACAUGGCUUAUGCCAUUGCUCUUCGCUGACUGAACUUGUCCUGGACGAUUGCACUCGUAUCACAGAUGUUACAUCGUUGGGUUGGUUGCCAUCGCUGCGAUGGUUGUCGCUUCUCGGCACUGAAGUGAACAGCGAUGGUAUUAAAGAAUUAAUUCACUGUCGCAACAUAGAGACGCUCGCCUUGGCCGGAACUCGAGUCGAUAGGCCGCCGAAGCUUUGGCGACAUGAAGCGAUAAUGGAAUACCUCUCGAAGUUUCAAUGA